AUCUUUUUUGCUAGUCUUGGUUAAUUCACAAGCAAAAUACGUAAUUUCAUAUAUAAACGUGGACGGGGUGAUUCUCUUUCUUAUUCCAAACCCUACAAUCGAAACAUACCUUAAAAACUACCAAAAUGAAUCCCUCCAAUUCACCUGAGACCAAGAGUACUGAAUUACCAGAGACCAACGUGCCUUCCAGUUCCAAUUCGAACCUGUAGGAAUUAGUGAAUUCGUCCCAUUACUUAUACCAGAAGACUUGCUAAACGCCUAAGUCCAUGGAGAUAGACCCCACCCUUUCCAAGUUGCUACGUAUUGAAGCCAGUAAAACUUAAUUUGAAUAACCUCGCCAUGCUCGAGUAGCUGCUCUAUUAUAUAACAGUUCUCUUCACCCUAAAAUCAUCCUGCACUCCCUGACCAACCUAGUUUUUGGCUCAUUAAUAUCCUCUUUGAUCAUUUAUCUUUCGAAUUCUAGCUUGUUCUGUACUAGAAGAGAAAAAGAAAAUGAAUCCCUCUGAUUCAGCUGAGACGGAGAUCAGUAGUCCAACAUCGGCCUAUCAUGCCACGAUACUGGAGGAGACCAACGCAGUGUUCUGUUCUGAAUGGAAUCAGCAGAAAUCUACACCAGUUAAGAGACGCUUAAGCGGCAUGGAUACUCAGGUGUUCAAGGCGGCACGAGAGGGCAAUAUUGAUGCCCUUAGAGAACAUAGUGAUCAUCUUCACCAAAUACUGACUUCAACCAAAAACACAGUCCUCCAUGUCUAUAUAGCUUGCGUAGGCAGUGCAAGGUUGACAGAGUCUGAAGAAUUGCUGAAAUCAGCCGAGGUUGUAAGGGAGAUGCUUAAAAUGUGCCAGCGGCUACUAUUGCAGCCAAACGAGAGCGGUGAUACUGCCUUACACUUGGCGGCAAGACACGGACGUGCUGACAUAGUUGAAGUUCUUAUUCGGGCUGCGAAAGACUGGCAUGGCGACCUCGAGGAAGGUAUCUCAUCAAAAGACGUAUACUACCAGUUUCUCAUUAGAAGACCUAACGAGGAGAAAAACACAGCCUUGCACGAGGCAGUGCGGUUCGAUCACCUUGAUGUGGUUAAGAUAUUGACUAGGGAAGACCCCGAGUUUUUGUACUCUGCUAAUAAUGGUGGGGAAACUCCGCUCUACAUGGCUGCCGAGAGGGGAUAUCCAAAAUUGGUUUUUGAAAUGCUCGACACUUGCACGAAUCCAUCCUACCAAGGACCCGAUGGUAUAACAGCUUUACACGCUGCAGCUACCUACGGUGAUGAACAAUUAACGAGAAGAUUACUUGAGAUGGAAAGGACGCUAGCAACAGCAUCUGACGCACUAGGAAUGACUCCACUUCAUUUGGCUGCAGCUAAGGGUCGCGCUUCAAUUGUGAAACAAAUACUGGAAUGUGAUAAGUCCACUGCCUACAUUGUCAACAUGUACAAGUUGACACCCGUUCAUUAUGCAGCCCAUGCAGGGCAUGUAGAUGUACUGAAACAGCUUAUUUUCUAUUGCCCGGACAGUUGCGAAUUGGUGGACCAAGACGGUCGCAAUGCCCUACACUUAGCAAUUAUCGGUAAUGAAGAAAAAGUAGAAGAGUUUGUUCGGAAAGAUCCAUGGCUUAGUAGCGUCCUUUUAAAUGGCAAAGAUUCUGUCGGAAACACACCGCUCCAUCAAAUUGCUACUUCUGAUCAAGAAUACGAUGGCUUGGAAUUUAUCAGUGAUUCUAGAGUCGAUAAGAUGGCAUUCAACAAAAAAAAUAAGAACGCGCUAGACAUCAUUCUGCAUAGAACUGAUUCUCAGUGGAAGAGGAACCUCAUACAAGGGUUGAGAAAUUUUGGUGCAAGAGAGAGUCAACGAGUGUCAAGAGACAAAGGUGGUGACAAGGAAGGUGACAGAGAGUCAAAAUACAAGGAAAUAAAAGAAUCUCAUAUGGUAGUAUCUGCACUCAUAGCAACUGUAACCUUCGCAGCAGGUUUCACUGUGCCUGGUGGUUACCAAAGUGAAAAAGGGCCAGAUCAAGGUUUUGCAGUUCUAUCAAGAAAUGCAGCUUUCAAGGCGUUUGUGAUAACAAAUACAUUAGCCAUGACUCUGUCCAGUAGUGCUGUCAUGCUACGCUUUCUCUCAUCACUGAACUGGUCAGAUUCAUUAUUAAGUGUGGCGCUAAAUUGUACCUUUUUCGCUCUGAUUGCAAUGGUGGCUGCAUUCCUUACCGGUGCAUAUGCAGUAUUAGGGGGUCAUUCUUCAUUAGGACUUGCCAUUGCGAAUUGUGUGCUUGGGGCUGGCUUCUUCUCGGCUAUAUGUUUUGUCUCUAUUUCUCCAGCUUUCAGUACUUUUCGUAAUCGUGUCUCUCUUCUCCAUCUCCGCAUAAUUACCCUGCUCGGAUUGGAAUCAGUAUUUUUGUAUUGAUCGAACAUGUACACACUUUAUUGAACCACCAGAGAGAAACAAUGGCCGGAGAGGUAGUAGGAUUAUUAUAUGUUUCUAGUUUUUGGUCAAAAUCCAGUAAUCUACUUCUGAGGGAAAUUCUACGGUACAUGUAUGUAUGUGAUACACUUAUUUACAUAUCUGACAAAAAUUUUGU